AUGGGUUUUCUUCAACGUAUCGUCAAGAAUGAUGCAACCAAGUCGGAUCCUCCGGAGAUCUACAAUGUGCGAGUCUUUCUCGUGAGCCUUGUGGCCUGCGCAGGUGCCUUGCUAUUUGGCAUGGACAUGGGCAUCAUGGGAGGUGUCCUGACUAUGAAGACCUUCAAACAGCAAUAUGGACUUAUCGGCAAGUCUGAUAAACAGAUUGCGAAUCUGUCCUCCAACAUUGUGUCUGUUAUUCAAGCUGGUGCAUUUGCCGGUGCCCUUGUCGCAUCAUGGCUUUCUAAUAGGAUCGGUCGUCGAUGGUCCUUGAUCAUUGCUGCAAUUCUGGUCUGUAUUGGCGUUGCUUUCCAAGCUGCUGCUAAUGGGAUCAUUGAAUUGCUCUAUGCCUCCAGACUAUUCGCAGGUAUUGCUGUCGGCAUUGCCUCCACUGUCAAUCCCCUAUAUGUCUCUGAAAACGCACCUAGAGGCAUUCGUGGUCUUCUCACGGGUCUAUACCAGCUGACACUUGUAUCUGGACUCACUCUUGCAUUCUGGAUCAAUUACGGCAGUAAUCUCCAUAUCACAGGACACGCGCAAUAUGUGAUCCCACUCGCAUUGCAAGCGUUCCCUGCUGUGAUUCUCGGAGUUGGCAUGUUCUUCGCCAAUGAAUCCCCUCGAUAUCUCGCUCAAAGAAACCCUGCAGCUGCCCUGGCUGUGCUUUCGAAGCUACGCCACCUCCCUCCCACACACCCAUACGUUGUCGAUGAGAUGGCACUCAUUGAAUUACAAUUAGAGGAGGAACGCGCCUUGAUGGCUGGUUCUUCGGCACUUAGCAUGUUCAAGGAAGCUUGGACAGUCAAAUCCUACCGCAGGCGAUCGAUCCUCUGUGUCACUCUCAUGAUGUGGAGCAAUCUAACUGGCACCAAUGCUAUGACAUACUAUUCUCCUACAAUUUUCGCCAGUGUCGGUCUAUCUGGGUCUUCGGUUGGCCUCUUCGCUACUGGAAUUUAUGGUAUAGUGAAGAUGAUCUCAUGCGCUAUCUUCAUCUUCUUCGUUACAGACACCCUCGGCCGACGAAAGUCUCUCAUCUGGACGGGUAUCGUGCAGGGUUGUGCCCUCUUCUACUGUGGCUUCUAUAUUCGCUUCGAUCCUCCCAUCAAAGGGCAACCGGUCACUGCACCCGGAUACGUAGCUCUGGUAGCUAUCUAUAUUUUCGCAGCUGUAUAUCAAUUCGGUUGGGGUCCAGUUGUUUGGACGUAUUGUUCAGAGUGCCCGCCUGCUCGCCUGAGGGCCCUGAUGAUGGGUAUGGCCGUUGCGAGCCAAUGGCUCUGGAAUUUUGUUGUCGCAAAGUCUACACCGAGUAUGUUCGCAACUCUCGGCAAGGGCGGUUUUGGAACAUACUUUGUUUAUGGUAGCUUCUGUUUCGUCAUGGUCAUUUAUGCCUGGGUACUUGUUCCAGAGACCAAGGGACUUUCAUUGGAACACAUGGAUGAACUGUUUGAACAGAAGAAUAUUCGCGCUAAGUUCGUGCCUUCCCGUGGAGUAGCGAUGAAUGGUCAUGGAAACUUGGGCAAAGGUGACGACGACGAUAAGGAGCCAAGUGAGCACAUUGAGAAGGUAUAG